AUGCAAUGAAUGCCACAGUGUUUACAGUGUUUGCGAUUGCAGUCAUAUUCAGUGAUCGCAUGACAACAACAGACCAUUGAUUCAGUCAUUCAGUCAUUCAUCGGAUGUUUAGUUGAAUACAAGACUCGACACAAAGCGAGAGCCGAUUGACAGCCACUCGACUCACGACAUGUCGGACAGCGAAGAGUCCAACAGAGACUCAGACAAUGAGGCCGAAGAGGACAACAGAGAGCCAGAAGUGGCGGACGAAGAGGAGCCGGAAGGCGAGGACUUGGAUGCGGAGGAGGAGUACUCGGAGGACUCGGACGAGGAUGAGGUGCGCGGCGGCGGCCGACGGCGUGGGAAGCGGUCGAAGCCACGACACGGAGGCUUCAUCUUAGACGAGGCGGAAGUGGACGACGAGAUCGAAGACGACGAGGAGUGGGAAGACGGCGCCGACGAGAUCAUCGAGAAGAACAAACACUUGGAGGACUCGGCCCGCGAUCAAGAGGGACACCGAAGGAUUCACAUGAUGUGGAACUCCCAGAAGGAGGACGAGAUCGAGGACUACUAUCGCCGCAAAUACGCCGAGACGUCGGCCGCCGAGAAGGGCUACGACGGCGACGUCGAUCUGCCCGACGAUAUCACACAACAGGCACUGAUGCCCGGCGUUAAGGAUCCCAACCUAUGGAUGAUUAAGUGCAAGAUUGGCGAAGAGAAGGCCACUGUUCUGCAGCUCAUGAGGAAGUUUAUCGCCUUCUCGACCACCGAUGAGCCGCUGCCCAUCAAGUCUGUGGUCGCGCCCGAAGGAAUCAAAGGCUAUAUCUAUAUCGAGGCCUUCAAACAAACUCACGUCAAGCAAGCGAUUCAAGGGAUGGGAAACUUACGGCUCGGCAUUUAUAGGCAGACAAUGGUUCCCAUCAAUGAGAUGACGGAUGUGUUGCGCGUCACGAAAGACAACCAACAGAUCAAAGUGAACCAAUGGGUGCGCCUCAAGAGGGGUCUCUAUAAGGACGACUUGGGACAAGUGGAUUACGUGGACACCGCCCAGAAUCAGGUCCACCUGAAGCUCAUUCCCCGCAUAGACUACACGCGACUGAGGGGUGCGUUGAGGGCCGCGACCAACGAGAACGACAGUCUGAAGCGUAAGCGCCAGAAGCGUCCGCUGCCGAAGCUCUUCGAUAUGGACGCGAUUCGUGCGAUCGGUGGCGAAGUGACCAACGAUGGGGACUUCAUUAUCUUCGAGAGCAAUCGAUACCGUCGGGGCUUUCUGUACAAAGCGUUCACAACGACAGCGCUGCUGAUCGACGGCGUGAAGCCCACGCUCUCCGAGUUGGAGAAGUUUGAGGAACACCCGGAAGGCAUUGAACUACAGCUCAGCGAGAGUACGAUCGCCGAAGACAAGGGCCACAGCUUCUCACCCGGCGAUACCGUCGAGGGCCACAGCUUCUCACCCGGCGAUACCGUCGAGGUAUGCGAAGGAGAGUUGGCUCACCUCCAGGGAAAGAUCAUUACCAUCGAUGGCAAUAAGAUAACGAUGAUUCCGCGUCACGAAGACCUCACGGAUCCGCUCGACUUCCAGGCGCACGAACUCCGGAAGUACUUCAAAAUGGGUGAUCACGUGAAAGUGAUCGCCGGUCGCUAUGAGGGCGACACCGGACUUAUCGUACGCGUAGAGGACUCGCAAAUCGUACUCUUCUCCGACCUAACGAUGCAUGAGCUGAAGGUAUUGCCCAAAGACUUGCAACUGUGCGCCGAUAUGGCGACGGGUGUGGACACGUUGGGUCAGUUCCAAUGGGGAGAUUUGGUACAAAUGGACGCACAGACUGUCGGUGUGAUCGUACGGCUCGAGAAGGAGAACUUCCAGAUACUGAACCAAAACGGAAAGUUAGUUCACGUCAAACAUCAGGCGGUGUCUAAGAAGCGCGACUCUCGGCGUGCGGUGGCUCUGGACUCCGAACAGAACCAAAUCCAAGUGAAAGAUCACGUGAAAGUGAUAGACGGCCCGCACUCCGGACGUCAGGGAGAGAUUAAACACUUGUACCGAAACUCGGCGUUUCUCUACUCGCGGAUGAUGUUAGAAAACGGCGGUAUAUUUGUCUGCAAAACACGACAUUUGAUACUCGCCGGCGGUUCCAGACCUCUGUCGGCCUCUGGCGUUAUGAACACCAGCGCCGGGUAUAUGUCUCCGCGCAUAGCGGCCUCACCCGCACACCCGUCGAGCGGUGGAGGGGGUGGUGGAGGAGGCGGUGGCGGCGGUCGGGGAAUGAACGCGAAGGGCGGUCGCGACCGAUCGGAUCUGGAACUGAUCGGGAAGACCAUUAAGAUAACUCAGGGAACGUAUAAGGGAUACAUCGGUAUCGUGAAGGACGCCAUCGGGACCACAGCUCGCGUCGAACUGCACGCCACGUGUCAGACGAUUACUGUGGAUAAGACACGUAUCGUAGUUGUGGGCAGCGGUGGCGGCGAAAAGGGUCCGAGCGGUGGUGUUUCCACUUACGCCCGAAACACCCCGAUGUAUGGCAGUCAGACCCCGAUGUACGGCACCGGCAGUCGUACGCCAAUGUAUGGCGGGGCCAAUACGCCUCUGCACGACGGCUCGCGAACGCCCGCCUACGGUGGCGGCGGUGCGACACCGAUGCACGACGGGUCGCGCACUCCCGUCCACACGUCCUCCAUCUGGGAUCCCACGGCUUCCACUACACCGCGACCCGACUUUGAAUACGACGACCCGACGCCCUCGCCGUCCAAUCCCUCGUAUCUGAAUCCUCCAACGCCUGGAUAUGUCAACCCCGAGACCCCUCCCGGCGGUCCAUAUACUCCGCAAACACCCGGAAUGUACGCCUCUUCAGACCAUUCCUAUUCACCAUACGGUCCGGCGGCCACUCCUUCGCCGUCAUACAGCGCUCCGGGCACUGCUCCGAGUCCAGCAUCGGCUGGUUAUAUGACUCCCAGUCCCGCAUACAAUAACCCGCUGAGUGUUAACCCGUCGCCGUCGCCCACCGGUUACGGCUACUCACCGAUGACGCCGGGAGUGUCGUCGCCGCACUUUAACCCUCAGACCCCCGGAGCGGGAAUGGAACAGUCGUACUCUAUGGAGUGGCAAACCACUGACAUCGAGGUCCGCAUCAAAGACCACGACGACGACGACCUCAUCGGCCAAACGGGAAUCGUUAGGGGAAUAUCGGGCGGAAUGUGUGCCGUAUUCCUACUCAAAGAGGACAGAGUUGUCAACAUUCUGUCCGAACACUUGGAGCCAGUGAUACCACAGGCCAACGAUAAGUUUAAAGUAAUCUUCGGCGAAGACCGCGAGAAUACGGGAAUUCUGUUGAGUAUCGACGGCAACGAAGGUGUGGUUAACUUCACUUCUGGAGACGCGGAUGACAUCAAAAUGCUUCCCUUGAGAUACUUGUGUAAAAUGAAGAAAUGAGAGUUCAAUGCAUCGCUUUUAAUAUGUUUCGUCGAUUUAUUAUACGUUUGAUUGGAUUUGUUUUCAUAAUCACUUCAAUUAUGGAAAAUAAAAUACUUUUUUAAUCAUUCA